AGAGAAGGAAGGAAAAAAAAUUUAUGAGUGUGUACAGCAAGAAAUUGUGAAAAGUUAAAAAUGUAAAAAAUUUAAUUAUGUUCAAUAAAACGAAAUUUCCAGGAAAGCCAUCCAAACUAGUGAAUAAGAAGCGUGUUAGUGUUUUAUCAUAUGAUAAUAAUUGUGACAAAAGAGUUAAUGAUCAUUGUGAAAUUGAUAGUGAAAAAAAUUUGGCUUCACCAAAACAUGAACAUGGCUACCAGACGGAAAGUGCAACAACAACAAAACAGUCAACGGAGGAGAGUGAAGAAAAAUCAAAACCAGUUAUGACAACUGAACAGACAGAAAAUCAAGAUUUAACAUCAACAAAAGAUAUGGAAAAUACGGAAAAAAUUAAAAACGAUUUAAAUUGUGAUAAAUUAGAUAAAAAGACGAAAAAUUCAAAAAAGCAUGUGACCUUUCGACAAACGAUAGAAACAAGUGAUCAGUGCAAAGUAAAACGCGUUUAUAAUCCGAAUUUUAACGGACCUAUAGUUUCUAUAAUUAAGAAAGAGUCCCUUAAAUAUCCCAUUCUAGUGUAUAAAACAAAUUGUAUAGUGCGACCAUCAAAGCUAACGGAGAUUGUUAAGAAAAGUGAUAAUAAUAUUGAUAAAUUGAAUUCACUCAAGUUUGGGCGGGAUCAUCAUGGAAAUCAUCAGUUGUCAACGAGUCCACAGAAUGUUGCGUCGAAUGUUAUUGUGGCUAGUAAAUUUAAUCUGCCCAAAUUGAGUGUGAAUUCAUCACGGGUUAUUAAACCGAAUAAAAGGUUCCUUUUUGACACGGGUGAGGAUGCAUCGUUGAGUAAGAAGAAGGUCAUUAAACCAAGUCCAUGGGGUGAGGGAGGAGAUCCAGUUACAUCAUCGUCACUUCUCAAGGAUAAAAAGAAUUUCGGCUUUAAUUUCGUUGAUGAAUUAGAACUAAAAUCAACGAAACCAAAAGAACCACCGAAACUCUCUCCAUCAACAUUAACAUCAACGACAACAGUACCGGCGUUGUCUGUGCUAUCGUCAGAUAGCAAACUUUCGAAUAAUCUUUCAGCAUCAAUUCUUAGAAAGCCUGUAUUGCAGCUCUCUACAAACUUUAGUAUAUUUGGAUCACAAGAGAGUGACUCAAACCUAAUCAAAAGUCCAUUUUCACUCAAACUCAACUCACCCAAUUCCUCUUCAAAUCUAUCAUCGGCAAUUUUUACAAAGUCUCUUGUAUGUGUCGUAUGUAACUCGAUAACAACUCGCAAGCAGCCCAGAAAGUAUGGAGCUAUAUGCUGUGAACUUUGUAAGAAAUUUAUGUCAAAAAUGAUUGAGCGUGUCAAUAAACAUACCGUACAAAAUUGGCAGUGUGAUAAAGGAGAUGGCUGUUGUACUAUUGAACCAGUUCCAACAAAAACAUUGAAAGCAUCGAAAGUUGAAUCAAAUUUGAAAGCAUUAAGUAAGGGACGAUGUUAUGCAUGUUGGCUCAAGAAAUGCUUAAGCUCCUUUCAAUUGCCAUCGCCAUUAAAAGCACGCUUGACAAAUGUUUUACCCAAGAAUAUCAUGGAGCCUUUAAAACCAGUGGUCUUAUCAAAUAACGAUAACUCAAAUAUAUUCUUAAAUUCAAUCAAAUCAUUCUCAUCAUUUAAAUUAUCAUCAAAUCCAUUGGCUAUUAAUAAUUUUACGUUUGGUAGUAAGCCAGACAUUAAAUCAAAUGUUGAUAAUGUCCUGAAAAAUGCAUUUGCUAGUGAUAAGCCUUUGUUGGUUGAUAUACCGAAAGAGACGACACCGGUAGCUGCUGUAUUGUCGUCUAACAGUGAGACAAAGAAAUCACCACGAUCACCGAAAGGAUCUCCGAAAAUAUCUCAGAAAUCAACAGAAACAGCAAGUACAACUCCAGUACAAGAAGAAAUACAUUCACCAUCAACAUCAGCAUCAAUAUUACAGAAUCAAGUUCUUAAUCCCGCGAAUGUUUCAGUAUCUGAUAGUUUAAGGCAAAAGAGGUUGCUCUUAAAAGGUCCAAGAGUGAAGCAUGUAUGCAGAUCUGCAUCACUUGUCCUUGGACUUCCGAUUGCUGUAUUCCCAGGUGGCCCAGAAUCUCAAGAUGGUUUAGAAACCAUAGAAGAACAAGCACUUCUCGAAGAUCCAAUGCUGGAUGAUAAUUCAGAGAAGGAGAACCUUGCAUUUGUAGCUGAAGCUCUAAAUGAAGUAAAGAGUAAUACAAAAGAAGAUAUUGAGAUUAGCAGUAUAGACAGUAAAGUCGAUACAAAGAAUGAAAUUGAAAAGAUUAACGUAAGAUCUGAAGCAUCUCUCGAUGAUAAUCAAUCAAUCAAAAAGAAUGAAAUUUUGGAUAUCUGUAAGCCAAUCACUAGAAAACUUACACGACCGAAUCUCACAUUAUCACAAACGCAGAAUUUUAAUCGAAUGUCAUCAAAAUCAAUACCAUCAUCUAAGCGACUCCUUUUUAAUCAUCAUAACAUGAAGACUACUAAUACGCAGCCAAUGAUAUCAAUUGAUUUCUGGGAAAAUUAUGAUCCUGCUGAAGUUAGCCGUACUGGUUUUGGUUUAAUACUCAGUGAAAAGACUCCAAUUAAAUCCGUUUGCUUUUUGUGCGGAAGCUAUGGAAAAGAUCCACUAAUAUUUUGUGUCUGUUGCUGUGAACCUUAUCACUUUUAUUGCGUUGAAGACGAAUUCAAUGUGAGAUUUAAGACAAAUGACUUUUUGAACACAUCAUCAAUGCUUGUUAAUGACACAAACGACAACCUUAACAUGUCAUUAGAUACGAGCGUUUUAGUGGAUCAUAAUGGCUAUGACAUGCCAUUAAAUAAGAAGUUAAACUGGCUGUGUCCAAGAUGUACAGUUUGUUAUACAUGUAAUAUGUCAACAGGUGUAAAAGUAAAAUGCUGGAAGUGCGAAAAGAAUUUCCAUACAACAUGUUUGGGUACGAGUAAGCGCCUCUUGUGUGCAGAUCGACCCUUAAUAUGUGCAACAUGUCUAAAAUGCAAAUCAUGUGGUACAACGAAUGUUACAAAAUUCAUUGGUAAUCUCGCAAUGUGUAGCAAUUGUUUUAGGCUACGACGAAAAGGAAAUUAUUGUCCGUUGUGUCAGAAGUGUUAUGAGAAUAAUGAUUACGAUGUUAAAAUGAUGGAAUGUGGUGAUUGUAAGCGAUGGGUUCAUGCAAAAUGCGAGGGAAUAACUGAUGAGCAGUAUAACUUACUAAGUGUUCUGCCCGAGCACAUUGAGUUCAUUUGUAAGAAGUGUUCCCCAAAUAAUGCAUCGUCGAACAUAUGGAGAGAAUCUGUUGAGGCUGAAUUUAAAACGAGUUUAUUGAGUGUUAUAAAGCUGUUAAGUAAAAGUCGGCAUGCAUGUGCAUUGCUAAGGAUGAGUCCUCGUAAGAAGAAUCCAAACUGCUUCUGUGGUGCAUCGAAGAUGAAUUUUCGCCGGCACUGUAACAGCAUUGAACCUACAAAUUUUAAUUUACUCUUUGAUGCUUUAAAAACCGACGAUUGUGUCGAAACGCCAAUCGAUAAUCAUGUACAGUGCAAUUGCUUUGGCAAUAAUGACAACAAUAAUAUGCAUAGUGAUCCAUUAAAACCCAGUAUCAAUUUGACUAAACAUAACAUUCACGAUAAUAAGUAUCAUUCACUACAAGCUUUUAAUUAUGACAUGAACAAAAUUCUCAAUGAUGCUCAAUCUGAUGAUUUAGUGAUUGCAUAUAAUGAGAUAAUCAGUGAAAUCUUUCCGUGGUAUCAGAAUGAAACAAAAGCAUGCACGGAUGCACUUGAAGAGACAAUGAAUGAUCAUUCAAAAAGCGAUUUGCUGGAUGAUUUAAUGCUUGAAACUGAGAAUAGUGAUUAUUUCAUCAUGACAAACUUCAAUGUACCCGAGAACUUAAUUAAAAAUGAAGUGGAAAUAAUGCAAUCAAUAUUUUUCAAUGAAAAGGAUGGUCGUUCGUGUAUGCUUUGCAAAAAGGAAGGUGAAUGCUCAUCAGAUGAGGAAGGAAGACUGUUAUAUUGUGGCCAUAAUACAUGGAUUCAUACAAAUUGUGCUCUGUGGUCGGCUGAAGUGUACGAAGAAAUUGAUGGCUCACUACAGAAUGUCCAUAGUGCAAUUUCACGAGGUCGGUUGAUAAAAUGCAGUAAAUGUGGAAUAAAAGGUGCAACUGUUGGAUGUAAUUUUAAGAAUUGUGGUGAACAAUAUCAUUUUCAAUGUGCAAAAUCAGUGUGUGAAUUUAGGAUAGAUAAAAGUGUCUUUUGUCCACAACAUAUUUCAAAGACUGAUGAUGAUAAACAAUCCGAAAAGAAUUUUCAAGUCAAUCGUUCGGUAUAUGUUGAAUUGGAUCGGAGAAAAAAGAAGACCGUUGAGGCGACAAAAGUUCAAUUUCUUAUUGGAUCUUUAUGUGUUACGAAAUUGGGACGAAUUAUUCCGAUAUUAAGUGAUGCAGGUGAUUAUUUGAUUCCAGUUGACUUUGAAUGUACACGAUUAUUUUGGUCAUCAAAACAACCGUGGAAUAUAGUUGAAUAUAAAAUCAAAGUUUCAAUACAACGAUCAAAUUAUCAUUCAUUAAUAAUGGAUAAAGGAAUAAAUUUUACUGUUGAUCAUACGAAGAGUCUACAAUCAAUUCAUAAGAAUUUAAAGCAGAUUGCAGUGUUCCAUAAUUCAAUUUCGAAAGAUCAAGAAACAAUGAUACAAGAGGAAACGCAAGAUGAAGAGCCACAGAACUCUACGAAUGAUUUAUUGCCGCCAGAAAUUAAAGCAGCUAUUUUUGAGGACCUUCCUCAUGAUGUUUUUGAUGGAAUCUCAAUGUUUGAUAUUUUUCCUAAAGAUCCAAGUGAUGUCAAAACUCCGUUUUUCAAUCAUGUGUCCGAUGAGGAUGAUGAAAACAGUAAAAGUAAUCACAUCAAUGGAGAUGGUGACGUUGACAGUGAUUUAAAUGGACUACUUAACUCAAUUCAGUCAGAAUUUUCUGAUGAAUAUUCGUUUGUUAAACGAGAUGAUCCAGAGCCAAAAAAGCGUAAAUUGAGUGCAACUGACAGUAAUGAUAGUAAUAAUAAUCCAGGUAUAAGAAGUCAAGAACAAAAAGCUAGUUCAAUGAUGUCUGUACAAAAGUAUAUAAAUCAACAGAAUGACUUAAGAAAUAGCAAGGAUUUUAUUGACAAAAUUCCUCAACUUGAUGGAUUAAAUGAUGAGAUUCUCAUGCAAUCCGAUGGUUCAGUGGCAUGUGAAAAAUGUCGAUGUACUUAUAGAAAUCGCACAUCUUACGAACGGCAUUUGGCAACAUGUGAAAUUAUUCAAAACACCAGUGAAAGUGAUUCCGAGGCUCAAGAUGGAAAUCAUGUUUAUAUUGCAAAUGCGACAUCACAACAUCAAACAAUAGCUGGAUUAGGAGGAGGUAAUGUAAUCUCAAUGAUAAAUCAACAACAGAAUCAAUCAAUGGCAACAUCUAUACCGAUUGUUAUCAAUAAUCCUCUUACCACGCAAAAUGGAAUCAUCACUAAUGGAGUUCAAAUACCCAACUUACAAAAUUUACAGUUGGCAUUAUCAAAUGACGGUAAUCUUUGUCAGAAUGUGAUAGUUGAUCAGCAAGGACAACAAAUAUACACGCAGCCAUUACAACUAGGACAGUUUGGACAGACUGCGACUCUUAUGCCAAUCAGAAAUUUCAAUAAUCAAGCUAAUGUCAUUAAUAAUGGUGGUAUACAAUACAUUAAUCCAUCACAGCAGCAGCAACCCACUCAGUAUAUCCAGCUAACACCUGGAAACGGUGGAAAUACUCAGCAAAUCAUGACAAUUACAUCACAAAAUAAUUCAGAUCAAGAUCAGCACAAAUCACAAAAGAAGCCACUUUUACUUCCAUCGCCGGUAAAAGGAAAGCCAAAUAAAGUCACAAAUGCUCAAAUUAUGAAGGCUAAUUCUGUCGCGAAUAAGAAAAAGCUUGAUGGAAAGUCACAACAACAAAUUUCAGUUAUGAACUCGAAAAAUCUCCAAAUAGCAAAUUUCCAAUCGUCUCGAAGCAACGCUUCGCAAUCGCAAACCACAAUGGCACAACCGUCAGCUCAAAAUAUUAUAUUUCAACAGCCUACGCAGCAAAUGGCACCGCAAAUCAGUCAAUAUCCGUUGAUAUUGAAUCAAAAUGGACAAUUUGUUCAAUAUAUAUCAGCUGAUAAUACACAAAAUAAUGCACCUAUUCAGUAUAUAUCACAAAUUGGAUCAAAUGGAAAGGAGAUGAAGAACGGAUCACAAAAUUACAUUACGAGUUCUCAACAAAAUAAUGGGAAUCAACAAAUAUUCCAAAACUCUUUUCAGAUGCCUUCAAAUAACACGAGUAAUCUUGUUUUAACACCAAAUGGACUUUCAGUUCUUCCCGUCGUACAACAGUCACCAAUUAUGGGAACAUUAAUUCAACAACCGCAAGGCUUACAAUGUGUUAAUGGUGUUGUUUCAGCCGAACAAAUGAUGCUUGGAUCAACGCCAACAUCAAUCGAAAUGGAUCCGUCAUCUGGCUGCAUGUAUUUAACAUCACAACCUGUAUAUUAUGGUUUGGAGACCAUUGUACAAAAUACUGUAAUGAGUUCACAACAGUUUGUUUCGACAGCAAUGCAGGGUAUUUGUCAGAAUUCGAGUUUCAGUGCAACCACAACACAAGUCUUUCAAGCGAGUAAAAUUGAGCCAAUACAAAUGGAAAUUCCAGCUGGAUAUGUAUUAUUGAAUGCAUCUGAUGGUACAAUUCAUCAGCCACAAAUUAUGGAAUCAUCAUGGAAUAAUAUAGACGAGAAGAAACAAUCUCUCGAAAUUGGUGCUUCAUAUGGAAAUCAAAAAUCUCAAAAUAUUAUAUUGAAACCUUCAAAUCAAAAGACUAAAGUACAAGCAAAAGUAAAUAAAAUUCAACCACAAAUAGUGAGUAAAAUUGUACCGACAACAUCAACAUCAUCAAUGAAUGUUACGUCCACAAAUUCAACAACGACUACCGUUCUGAAAACAGUAAAUACUGAUAGUCUGCCGAAAAUACAGCAUCAGCAGCAGCAACAUCAUCAUCAACAACAAUCUCAACAGAGUAUACAACUUAUAAAUCACAAUGCAACUAUUGCUAAGAAACAAAAAGCGACAUACAGAACGAUUGGUCCGAAGACACCUCAAGAAGAAAUUGUAAAAAUCUCAUCGUCGGCAGCGUUAAUAAAGCCGAAAUUAAAAGUACAAGCGAAACCUAUACAACAAAAUAUUAGCAACAAUUAUCAGCCAGUGACUGUAAAGUCAGCUUUAACAAACUCAUCAGCUCACAUUCAAUCCGAACCGCAUAAUGUAAUGGAGACAGAUAACUCCAUAGAACAGUCAUUUAAAACCGUACAGAAUAACAUCAUAACUACUACUAAUUUGAAAACUACAAAAUUAGAAAAUCCAUCAACAUCAACAGCACAAACAUCAGCUAUACCUACAAACGUUGUUAUUCCUUUACAAGCCCAGAAUAGCAUAUUCAAUAAUCUCAGCAGCAAAAAUCAAAACUCUUCUGUUAAACCUAAUUUCCAAAAUCGUCCAACAAAUCGAGUGCUACCAAUGCCUGCGAGUGUCACAUCACUAAAGAGCAUUACAAAUUCAAACAAAAGUGGCAAUAUUGUUAAAGGAAAUAAUCAAAAUAAAAAUUUAUCAUCUGGAAAUAUUGGAGCCAAUAAUGUGACAUCAAUACGUAAUUCAUCGCCUUCAAUUGUUGAUAAUCAUAAUGUUGUAAGUAGCAGCAACAACAUUAACAGCAAUGUCAUAUCACAAAAUGAAAAUGAGAAUUAUUGUGAGAAAAUUAAAUCAAUUGCAAUGGAAUUGCAAAGCAGCAACAAAGCAGAUGAGCUGUUUGACGCUUUAAGACGAUCUACAAUCAACAAUGUUAUAACAAUAACGCCUGGCGAUCAGCAUAUGGAUAAAAUGGAUAAGAAAAUGAAGAUCUCAACACCACCACGUCCAAAUAUAGAAUCAUAUCCAAUUCCCUCCACUAGUGCAUCAAGUAUUAUUAUUGAUCAGCAGAAAUGUAUGAUUACAAAAACUUCUACUGUAUGUUCCUUAACUAAAACGAUUGAUUCUGUGGCAACGGGUGCUAAUUUGUUGGAUGAUGAGCCACAAUUGUCAACUUCUCCAAUUGAGCUAAUUCCACAAUCUCCAAUUGAUCUUAUUCCACAAUCAAUAACAAUUACACCGAUAGAUCCAAUAGACACAAUAGAUACAAUAGAGCAAAUUGAUGUUCCUAUGGAGAAGAGUCUGCCAGACGAGAUUGAAGAAGAAGUCGAAAAAGUAAAUCUCGAGUCAAUGUUUGAAGUACUUCCCGAGUUGAAAGCAACAAAGGACACUUUGUCAUCAACUGAUGAAAUUAUUACGACUGAAGAUGAUUCAGAAGAAUUGAAGAUACAUGAGAAGACUCCAUUUCCUUCAUACGAUGAAGAAACCACAUCAGACCGUCCAAGUACAUCAUCAGCUUGUUCAACAUAUGCGACAAAAGCUUCUCGUGAGAAAACGCCAACAAGUUCAACCAGCAGCAAGUCAUCAGGUCCAAAAUUAUUGUUUGAGAUUCAAUCGCAAGAUGGUUUUACAUAUAAAUCCACUUCCAUAUCCGAGAUAUGGGAGAAGUUAUUUGAGACUGUACAAUUAGCAAGAAAGGCUCAUGGUCUUAUGCCAUUGCCGGAAGGAAGACUUAAUGAAAUGACAGGUGAUCAAAUGUUAGGAUUAAAGACGAAUGCACUUAAGUAUUUACUCGAGCAAUUGCCAGGUGUCGAAAAAUGCACAAAAUACUCUCCAAAAUAUCAUCGUAGAAAUUCAUCAGCAUCAUCAACAUCAUCGACAUCAUCAUUCUCAUCAAUGAACGGUAAUUGCUCUAGCAUGAGUGGAUUCUAUGGUACCAGUUCCUUUUCAUCAAACGCUUCGAAUCUGUCUUCCAAUUCGUCUGUCUCACUAAUGUCAUUAAGUCAAUACAUUAGCGAUGCUGAUGAAAUUCUGUACGAAAACAUCUAUGGUUGUGCGAGAUUUGAGCCUUUCAGUACAAGAUCUGAGUACGACAUGUUUAGUUGGCUUGCAUCGAGACAUCGACUCCCGCCAAUGCCAGUUCAUUUACAAAGCAACAAUGAUGAGGUCAUCUUAAGACGCGGAACUGGAAGUAAUCUUCCUAUGGCUAUGAAAUACCGAACAUUAAAAGAGACAUACAAAAAGAACGUAGGCGUUUAUCGAUCUCAUAUUCAUGGACGUGGUCUAUUUUGUACAAGAGACAUUGAAGCUGGUGAAAUGGUUAUUGAAUAUGCUGGAGAACUAAUAAGAUCAACAUUGACUGAUAAGAGAGAACGGUAUUACGAUAGUAAAGGAAUUGGUUGCUAUAUGUUUAAGAUUGACGAGAAUUUGGUUGUUGAUGCAACAAUGAGCGGAACAGCAGCAAGAUUCAUUAAUCACUCAUGUGAUCCCAACUGCUACUCAAAAGUCGUUGACAUAUUGGGUCAAAAACACAUAAUAAUAUUCGCAUUACGACGCAUUGUAACCGGAGAAGAACUAACAUAUGAUUACAAGUUCGAUAUUGAGGAAAAUAAGAUUCCAUGUGGCUGUGGCGCAAAACGCUGCAGAAAAUAUAUGAAUUAAUUGUUUUAAAGUGAUGGCAGUGAUAUUCAUUUAGAAGAUAUGUGCAUAUUGAUGGAUAUGAUAAAAAAUAAUAAUAUUAUUAUAAUAAUUGAGAAUAAUAUGCAUAGGUACAUCAUGCAAAUGAAGCAUUAGAUAACAUACAUAAAACGAAAACAACACAUUUGGUCAGACUGAUAUUAUUCGAUUUAAUUAUUUUUUUCCAAUAAUCUUUAAAAAAAUUCUUUUUAAUUUUUAUCUAAGGAAUGAAGAAGAUACGCUUUUUGAGUUGUACUCUGGUCAAAUACUACAAUUUUUUAUGGAAGUUGGUUUUGAUGAGGUUGGUGGUUGGAGUAUAGUCAGAGAUGGAGUAUCGUGGGGAAUGCAUACUCCAUAAUGUGUCGUUCCACUCAACCGUAAUCAACAAGGAUCAUGCU